UUGCAGCAUGUCCGUGGACUGGCUCGGCUUUGGCUACGCCGCGCUGGUGGCGUCGGGCGGCAUCAUCGGCUAUGCGAAAGCAGGUAGUGUCCCAUCUCUAGCUGCUGGCCUUCUCUUUGGAAGUUUUGCAGGACUGGGUGCCUAUCAGCUCUCACAGAAUCCAAAUAAUGUGUGGAUUUCUCUGAUUACAUCUGGAACAUUGACUGCUGUCAUGGGAGCAAGAUUUUACAACUCUGGAAAAUUCAUGCCCGCAGGAUUAAUUGCUGGUGUCAGUUUGCUAAUGGUUGGAAGAUUAGCACUGAAGAUGAUGGAAAAAACGCAUGAUAAGUAACCUUACAACUUAAUAUCCAGAGAAGGAAACCUGA